AUGUCUGAAACAGGAUUUGUAGGAGAGCCUAUUGUAGUGGCUAGCCCUAACGUCGAGUAUAGCAAGAAUGAGAUCAUUUCUCGCUACGAGUAUCGUGAAUCAAGGGUAAAUGGGAACAUUGUAACACCUUUGAAUGAGAAUCUGACUUUCAAAACUCAAAGAAAAAUACCCAAGACUGGCGUUCUUCUAGUCGGAUGGGGAGGAAACAACGGGACGACACUGACUGCUGGCAUAUUAGCUAACAAGCUGAAGACCACCUGGAUGACAAAAGAAGGGGAGCAACAUGCGAACUUCUUGGGAAGCAUUUGCCGUUCAGUUACUAUGAGGAUAGGGAUUGACAAUAACCUUCAGCCUGUAUAUGCACCAUUAUUUGGUGUAAUUCCUAUGCUUAAUCCUACCGAUUUAGAUAUCUGGGGUUGGGAUAUAUCAAACAUGAGCAUUGCUAAUGCGAUGGUUAGAGCUAGAGUUUUCGAUUAUGACCUUCAAAGGAAGCUUUACCCUGAGCUUAAAGAUAUGAUUCCAUGGCCGUCUGUCUAUUCAGAGGAUUUCAUUGCUGCAAACCAAAGCGAGAGAGCUAACAAUAUUAUUCAUGGUACUAACUCCCCCCUCUGUGAGCGAACAAAACUAUUUGUAAAAUCCCUAUUUUUGCCUACCCUCCUAAAAAAAUUUUGAUAUAUAAAUGACAAUAAAUAUAAUGAAAUCUUUUAAUUUGAAAAAAUUGCGACAAAUUAAAUAAAUAUUUGCUUCCCAAUUUUUAUUUUUUUUUUUAAUUCGUAAAAAAAAUUUACAAUAUAAAAUUUUUUAAAAAAUAAAUUAACCCCUUCAUUACGAACAGAAUUUUUGUUUUGCUCACAGAGGGUGGGGAGGAGUAAGCAAGAGCAGCUUCAAACUCUGAGGCAAAAUAUUAGAGACUUCAAGCAAUCAAGAGGUAUUGAAAAUGUUAUUGUUCUCUGGACUGCCAACACUGAAAGAUAUGCAGAACUUCGUGAAGGUCUUAAUGAUACUGCUGAUAAUCUCUUAAGAUCAAUAUAGCCUAAACCUUUUUUUGUUCGGGCUACACUGACGUCUCCCGGCGUCGGAAGGGUUAUUUUACCUACAUUUAUUGGUAAAACAAGCUCAUCAGAUGGCAAAUCUUCAAUAUGCAGUGGAUUUUGUUAUCUGGGGAGUUGGCUUAACAAGAAUGCUGGUAAAGCCAACUCCCUCCGAUGUUGAAAACGUCAGUAUAGCCCGAGCAAAAAGGAGGCUCGGACUAUAGAGGCUGAUGCAUCAGAAAUUGCUCCCUCAACACUUUUUGCAGUAGCAAGUAUAUUGGAAGGUUGCACAUAUAUUAAUGGAUCCCCUCAAAAUACAUUCAUCCCUGGCGUUAUUGAACUCUCAGAAAGACAUCAAGUCCUUAUUGCUGGAGAUGACUUCAAAACUGGCCAAACAAAGAUAAAGACUGUGCUUUGUGAUUUUUUAAUCAACUCUGGACUAAAACUAGCUUCAGUUGUCAGUUAUAACUGGAUGCAAGUUCAAUAAUUAUUCAUUUUGAUAAUUAGAGGGAGAAAUUUUGCCCAAAUUUUUGAUAGCGAAAUUUAACAGAUUUUAGAAAAAUGUAAACAAAACUUCUUCGAGAAAAUUUCACAUAUUAAAAAGUGCACAAUCAAAUUAUGUGGAGCUGUUAUAACCAUUUGGGUAACAAUGAUGGGAAAAAUCUCAGCGCCCCGAAGACCUUCAGAUCAAAAGAAAUUUCAAAAAGUGGAGUCAUUGACGAUGUUAUUAGAGCCAACAGGCUCAUUUAUGGAGAAAAUGAGCAUCCAGAUCAUUGCGUAGUUAUCAAAUACGUCCCAUAUGUAGGUGACAGCAAGAGAGCUAUGGAUGAGUAUACAAGUGAAAUUUUUAUGGGUGGCAGAAACACUAUUGUAUUACAUAAUACUUGUGAGGAUUCACUAUUAGCUGCUCCAAUUAUUUUAGAUCUUAUUCUUUUAGCGGAACUUUGCACUCGAGUGCAAAUUAAAAGAACGCAAGACGAAGAAUUUUCAAGAAUGCACCCAGUUUUGAGCAUUUUAAGUUUCCUAUUGAAGUCACCACAAGUUCCUUCUGGAUCCCCUAUAGUUCAUUCUUUAUUCAAUCAAAGGUACUCAAUUACCAACUUUAUUCGAGCUCUUGUAGGUCUUCCACCUGAAACUUUUAUGCUUUUGGAGCACAAGAUUCCCUGCUUUCAAAAAUCAUAA